AUGGUUGGAAUACGUGAUGUGCCCAUCAUUCAUAUUGGCAAACAUAACAAUGUAGUUGUAGCUUAUAAAGAAAAGAAAUAUGUUGAAACGAUUAUUGUAGAAGAACGAAUACGAUAUAUAGAUCGAAGAAAGCAUGAUAAACCAAGGCAGAAUGUGAAAAUCAUCAGAAAACCAGUUGUUCUCAAAUCGGCAGAUGAUAGCAGUGAAUAUCUGUCAUCAUCAUCAGGUAGAGGAUCUGAUUCGGAUUGCAGUCAACGUAUGGAAUCGCCUUUACAUCGGAUGACUGCAACACCGCCUAAGGCAAGUCCCACUAUGUUCACUAAAUCGUAUCAACGAGAUAUUUAUUCUGGCACAUACAGCUCCAAAGGAUCAGGUAUGUCUGGCACCAGCUUAACAAUGAAUAUAAGGGAGAAUCGCGAACGCGAAAAACGGGAAAUGGCUCAUCUAAAUGAUAGAUUGGCAUCAUAUAUUGAGAAAGUGCGUUUCUUGGAAGCACAAAAUAAGAAAAUGGAAACGGAUUUGUUUGCAAUGAAGAAUCGUCUCGGCAGCGGAACAGAGCAUAUUCGAAUUUUCUGUGAAGAUAAGCUGAGUACGUCUGAGAAGUCAAUUAAGUAUUCUAAUGAUAAUCGGAAGAAACUAGAAGAUGAGAUUGUUAAUCUCAUGCCACAGCUUGCUAAAUUGCGUGAAAAGCUGGAAAAUGCUAAUGCGGAUCAUAAAACGUUCCUUGAAUCUGCUGAUACUUUGCUCAAAACUUUGAGUUCAUUAGAAGCAGAGAUUAAUUACUACAAACGCAAAAUCGAAUUAAUUGAGACGGAGAUUGCUGAUAUGAAGAAGAAAAAUCAAAAAAUUCUUGCCGAUCUCAAUAAUACUAGAAAAAAUAAAGACAAAGAGAUGCUUUCUCGUAUCGACUUCCAGAAUCAAGUUUCGGUGUUAUUGGAUGAAUGUCAGAGCAUCUAUUCAAAGCAAUCAAAUACAAUGACUGAUCUGUUGGUUCAAGCUCAUCGCGAUACAACUCCCGAAAAUAGAGAGUACUUUAAGAAAGAAUUGGCUGCUGCCAUUCAAGAAGUUCGUGAUGAAUAUGAAUUGAUAACGAAUGCUGCUCGUACCGACAUUGAGUCUUGGUACAAACUAAAGAUAAAAGAGAUUCAAACUUAUACCAAGAGUUCUGCCAUUGAGCAAACAUCCGCACGUGACGAGAUAACGAAGCAUCAGAAAAUUCUUAAAGAAUUGAGAUACCGUUUAUGUGACGUAGAAAGCCGUAAUCAUGUGCUCGAGAAGGAAAUUCAAGACCUCACCUACAUGAUAGAUGAUGAACACAGAAUGUUCGAAGCAGCCAUCAGCGAGAGAGAUUCAAACAUUCGAACUCUUCAAGAUGAAUGUCAAACCUUAUUGUUGGAAUUACAAAUGCUUCUUGAUACCAAAACAACCCUUGAUGCUGAAAUAGCAAUCUACAGAAAGAUGCUUGAAGGAGAAGAGAACAGAGCAGGCCUGCGACAACUUGUAGAACAAGUUGUCCGAACAGAUUAUUUGAGUAAAGACCAUCUAAUCGAUACAACCCUCAUUCGAACAUCCGAAACCUCAUCACGAACUAAUGUGCAACGUUCUUUCCAAGGAAACAUUCAAUUUUCUGAACGUUCACCUGAUGGUCAUUAUAUUGUAUUACAUAACAAUAAUCAAAUGAAAGAUGUUGAUAUGAACAAAUGGAAAAUCAAGAUUAUUGAUAAAACAAUUGAAAAUGUUUAUGUAUUCCCGAAAACAUUUGUAUUGAAUGCAAAUCAAUCAGUUAAGAUCUAUGCGCGUGGUCGAGGUCUUCAUUUACCACCCGCAUCUUUAGUAUAUGAUGAUGAUGAACAUUGGGGAACAUCUGCUAAUAUCCAACUCAUUCUUUACGAUAAAGAAGAUAAGGAGAAGGCCAAGUUGGCAUUCGAAAAAUCAGCAAAUUGA